AUGGAUUCUAUCAAGAUCCAAGAGAUGUCACUACAGGCUGAUCCCCAGCGGCCUGAUUUCAUGAACCCUGCAGUCUUUCGCAGAAACACACUACCCGCACGUUCCUACCAUAUCCCCUCUACAUCUCUGCUUCUCAAUGGGUCUUGGGAGUUCAAUAUGACCCGGUCGCCCGGGGAAGCGCCAGAGCCUACCGAAGAAUCAUCUGACAAGGAUUGGUCCAGCAUCAAUGUCCCGGGUCAUUGGCAGCUCCAGGGCUGGGGAAAGCCGAACUACACCAAUACCCAGCUCCCCAUUCCGGUGUGUCCUCCAUACGUACCCACCGAAAAUCCGACAGGGACCUACCGUCGGAAGUUCCAAGUCCCUGCCGAGUGGAGGGCCGAAAACACGGAUAUUCGGUUGCGCUUCGAUGGUGUCGAUAGUGCGUACCACGUUUGGGUGAACAAGUGUUUGGUCGGAUAUGCGCAGGGUAGCAGAAAUUCAUCGGAGUUCGAUGUUACACCCUAUAUACAGACAGAUGGCGACAAUGAAGUGUUUGUCAGAGUGUAUCAGUGGUCUGAUGCCACGUAUAUUGAAGAUCAGGAUCAGUGGUGGCUAUCUGGCAUUUUCCGAGAUGUGACAUUGAUUGCGUUCCCGGCAAAAGACCGGUUGCAAGAUUGGUUCAUACGAACGGACCUCGAUUCACAAUACACAGAUGCGACGCUUCAGACAACGAUCGAAUUUGAAGUCUCGAAACGAAGCAGCAUUACAGUCAGUUUAAUUGACUCGGUGGAUGGAAAUGGGCAUGUAAUUUCCUCUACGGAAAGCAUUGUGGAGCCAGCAACAUCGAAGCUUGAACUGAGCCUGCCGGUGGUCAACCCAAAGAAAUGGACUGCCGAGCAGCCGUAUCUCUAUGAGGUAGAGAUGAUUCUGCAAACUCCUGGCUCGGACAGUAGUUUCAAGAUAACGCAGCGCAUUGGAUUCCGAAAGGUUGAGCGCAAGGGUGGCUUGAUCACCGUGAACGGAAAAGCCAUUCGUCUUCGUGGAGUCAACCGACAUGACCACCAUCCGCGUUUCGGUCGUGCAGUGCCACUGGAGUUCAUGAAGCAAGACCUUCUUCUAAUGAAGGCUCACAACGUCAAUGCCCUUCGCUGCAGUCACUACCCUCCCGACCCUCGGCUCCUUGACAUAGCCGAUGAGCUUGGCUUCUGGGUUAUCGACGAAGCGGACCUCGAAUGCCAUGGGUUUUAUGAUGCCGUCGCCCGACCAAUGGAUAUGGACGAGACACUCGGCUAUGAGGAGCGCAAGGCCAUGACCUUUCCCUUGUGCGGUGUUCAUACAUCUGACAACCCAGUCUGGAGAGAAGCAUACAUUGAUCGAGUCCAUUCCCUCUUGCAGCGAGACAAGAACCAUGCCAGUGUCAUCAUCUGGUCCAUGGGUAAUGAGGCGUUCUUUGGCACAUGUCACCGCUCCAUGGUGGAGUACGCUCGUGCCUUCGAUCCCUCCCGUUUGGUUCACUACGAGGGUGACAUUCAUGCGGAAACUACAGACAUGUACAGCUACAUGUAUCCAGAGAUUGAUCGGCUACGAUCUCUGGCAAGCAAAGAGGGGGUGACGAGCAGUGGGAAAUUCGACAAGCCCAUUAUUCUCUGCGAAUACGCCCAUGCAAUGGGCAAUGGACCCGGUCUGCUCACGGAAUAUGAAAAAUGCUUCGACGAGAUCCCGCGCCUGCAGGGUGGCUUUAUCUGGGAAUGGGCUAAUCAUGGGCUUUGGGUUGAAGGAAUCAGCAAGAAGGAUGGCUUCUAUGCAUAUGGUGGUGACUUUGAUGACUAUCCAAAUGAUGGGACCUUCGUUAUGGAUGGUCUUCUGAACAGUGCACACGAGCCUUUGCCUGGACUGUUGGAGUUGAAGAAAGCCUUUGAACCUGUCAAAUUGGAAGUUCGUGGCCAAGCGUUGCUUCUGAAAAGCCGGUUUGACUUCCUGGACCUAAGCAAUAUCAAAGCCUCUUACAAGCUUGAGGCCUUCGACAAACAGACGAGAACCCUGGCAACUGGAACACUGGAACUUCCGCAUUUACCCGCUGGGCAAUCUGCCGAAAUUACACUCCCAUCAGAUCUAUUCCAACACGACUUCCAUCCAGCUUACUUGACCAUUACGCUAGAGCAACGGGAAAAAGUUCCAUGGGACAAAGAAAACUACGUUCUCGCCUGGAAGCAAGCCUUGGUAUCAAACGCAAGCCGGAAUACGCUAGCCAAUGGCGUAAGCUUCAAGACCAGUAUCAAGAAUGACAUUUCAACAAAUUCAACCAAGACAACCGUGUGCAUCGACGGAAGUAACUGGUCCUUCGAAUUCGAUCGCAUCCGAGGCCACCUGAGAAAAUGGACACACAACUCUGUUUCCAUUCUCACCCCAGACCCCGACACAGGACUCGCCAUAGUGCCUGGUUUCUGGCGUCCUCCAACAGACAACGACGUACCCUCCGCAGCACCAUAUUGGAAGCGAUUCGGCAUUAACAGCCUCACGAACCAGAUUCGCUCCUUCGAAAUCUCGUCAUCGGAGGGUGGAAGUAUCUGCAUCGAAAGCAAGACAUUCCUGUCCCCUCCCGUCUUAUCCUGGGGCUGGAGAUGCAUCACACGGUACAUAAUCCAAGCCGAUGGAUCUUUGGCUAUUACUAUGAAGUUGAGACCUACCGGAACUGCACCGAAGACAGUUCCCAGAAUCGGUCUCAACCUUCGCGCAAACUCUGCUUUGCAAUCUGCCCGCUGGCUGGGACUUGGACCCGGCGAGUCCUAUCCCGACAAGAAGGCUGCUCAGAGGCUUGGUUUGUGGGAUGUUGAGGACAUUGCGUCACUGCAGACUGUUUAUGAUAUUCCUCAGGAGAAUGGAAACCGCGCAGAAACGGCUUGGGUGGAGCUUGUUACGGCCGAUGGGACUGGUUUCCGCGCUGCCCCGUUGGAAAGGACGGUGGUUAGUGGGGGAGCGGCAAGCUUGAAUUGGACGGCUAGUCGGUACUCCGAUCAGACUGUUGAGAUAGCGCGGCAUCCGUGUGAUCUUGUCGAAGAUGACGCCGUGUUGAUCAGACUUGAUAAUUUGGUUGCUGGUGUUGGAAGCGCAGCUUGUGGUCCUGGUCCAAUGGAUGAGCAUUUGGUCAAGGUGAAGGAUAUUGACUUUGGUAUGCUAUUAGAGCCUGUGUCUUGUGGAUAUUAG